UUUGAUUAGAAGUCAAACGCCUUAUCCAUUAGGCCACGGGCGCUUUUGUUCUUUUGUAUGCUUAUAAAUCUAUAUAAUGAAUCGACAAUGGAAGACCAAAGAGAGCAAACCCAAAUGUUUAAUUAUGCAGAAUAAUUUUAGAGUGACAAAAAUUUACCAUCACUCUCUCUAUUUUACCUCAAGAAAUAUAAAACUCAUUAAAUAAAGUUUUUUUUUGUUGUUGUUAUAAUUGAUAAGUACUUGGACAAUCCUUAUGUUUAAGAUCUUAUAAGGUCAACAAGAGCACUUGAACCGUUUUACCUUCUAAAAUUCACUCGAGUUCCAAUAUCUGAAACAACUCUAGAGAGGUGAAAAGACUAUAAUAUGAGGAAUGGUCAACUUUACUAUUUUCAGAAUUUGAAGAGUGUUUGCUAUUUUGCUCCAUAAUUUCUAGGAUUUGCUGGAAUAAAGUUCUGAAAUAUAAAUGCACUCUUUAGAAAAAGGAAACUCAAUUAAUUCGCUAGUUCAUACAAUAAGGAUAUAAACAAUAAUCAUGGAUCGUAAACACAAUACUUAUAGGGUUUAUAAAUCUUCUUAUUCUCUGGUGCAGUCAAGCAACACACAGAGAGACACAAAAGAAAAUCUCAAAAAGAAAGAAACCAAAGAGUGAGAAUGGUAACUAUGACUCUUUCCUUGGCAACCCCAAUCUUUUGCUCAUCUUUCUCUUCCACAUAUCGCUUUGGUUCUUGCACCCCAAGCCACCGUGCGGCCGAACUCAACAUCUCCGCCGUCAAAGCUCCCAAGAAAAUCAAGAAGCUUGGAUCCGAGAUCUUGUCUCUGACACUCAAAGAGUCCCGCAUCCUCGCCGACUACGUCCAAGACAAGUUCGGUGUUUCGAUACUCUUUUCGGCGACUGCUGCAGCGGCGGCUGUCUUCUCUCCUCCUCCCGAGGACGGUGAUGAUGUGACGGCUACUGUGGAGGAGCAGACCAAGUUCGAUAUGGUUAUCAACGACGUGGCCAUCGGUCAUCGUAUUGAAGUGGCUAAAGCGAUGAGGGCUCUGAGCGUGCCGUUGAGUCAAGUGACAGAGCUCACUAAAGAUUUUCCGAAGAUUUUCAUGGAAGGCGUGACGAAAGAUGAAGCAGAAGAAGCCAAAAGACAGCUCGAAGAAGCUGACGCCACGGUAUCCAUUGUUUAAGUUUUGGCAAUCUGAUUUUCUACAAGUGUUUUUCUGGAGUUUCAUGGGGUCUUUUUGUGUUGUUGGCAUAACUAGCAAGUUUUGGAUAAUUGUUGAUCAAAGCUUUUUUGAAAUUAUUGCAGUUUAAAUCCAUUUGGUUUCUCAGAAAUAACUUGAAAAGGAAUGAUUGUUAUUGUAUGGUUCCAACUAUCAGCAACCUAUAAUAUAAGAUCUUAUAAAAUGAAUCCAUGCUAGUUUAUAAUUAUUUGCCAAUCAUGU